CAGCUGCUGCUCUCCCAUCCAAGAAGAAACCCCAGCGCUGGACCAGAACGCCGCCUUCUGAUGCAGAUAACUUCAACCUUGAGACCAGUGCAGCUUUUCCGUGCUUCUGAGGUGUGUAAGAUGCUACUUCCUUGGAGUGACCACAGCCCAGGUGCCAAAAGCUUGUGCACAUACAUCCCCAAAUUGCUGGUUCAGUCCCUAUCAGUGACCCAUCAUAAGUGCUUAAGAAGGUAUUGUUUUUAUAGGGUCGCUCUCCUGAUGGUAAACAUACACUGGCCUUUAGCUGGAAGCUGCGAUGGUGGAACAGCCAAACCCCUGUUGCCCCUUGUAACCCCUCAGCACAGCUGCUCUUCCCAGGGGUUUGCUUGCUGGCUCUUCCCGCUCCCCAGGUCCCUGCAGCUUGGAGCUCUGCCUGUGUGGAGGGAAGCUCAUCUGACACUCCUUGAAUUACCUGCGCUCACGGGAUCAGAUUCCCUGGGCUGAGAGCUGGGGAGAUCUAUAAUUCAGCAGGGGCAGCUGCCAUUGUGGCCCCGAAAGAAGGGCAGCAAGAUGCUGCGGAGAUCAGGCUGGCGAAGCAAGAAGGCAGGCGAGGAAGAGGAGGAGGAGAAGCCCAUGGAGAACGGGGUGUCCCCAGAGCAGGGGGCCACGGAGGCCCCGCCUGAAGUGGGGAGAGCUGGGAAUAGUGCCCCCGCUGCCUGCUCGCAGCCAUCCCUGCGGGUCCGGCCCAGGCUGGUCUUCCACACGCAGCUGGCCCACGGCAGCCCCACGGGCAAGAUCGAGGGCUUCACCAAUGUGAAGGAGUUGUAUGCCAAAAUCGCCGAGGUCUUCGACAUCUCCCCCACUGAGAUCCUCUUCUGCACCCUCAACACCCACAAGGUGGACAUGCAGAAGCUGCUAGGGGGCCAGAUCGGCCUGGAGGAUUUCAUCUUCGCACAUGUGCGGGGCGAGACCAAGGAGGUGGAGGUGACCAAGACGGAGGAUGCACUGGGGCUGACCAUCACUGACAACGGGGCAGGCUACGCUUUCAUCAAGAGGAUCAAGGACGGGAGCAUCAUGAACUGCGUCCAGACUGUGUGCGUGGGCGACAGCAUCGAGGCCAUCAACGACCAGAGCAUCGUAGGCUGCCGCCACUAUGAUGUUGCCAAGAUGCUGCGGGAGCUGCCCAGGGCCCAGCCCUUCACCCUGCGGCUGGUGCAGCCCAAACGGGCCUUUGAUAUGAUCGGGCAGAGGACCAAGAGCAGCAAGUGCCCAGGCGAGGGCAAGGUGGCCAGUGGCAAGGAGACCCUGCGGCUGCGCACCUGGGGCACCGCCAGCCUGGAGGAGGUGCCCAGCGCUUGGGAGAAGGAGGCUGCCCGGAGGGUGGACGACCUGCUGGAGAGCUACAUGGGCAUCCGGGACGUGGAGUUGGCCUCAACCAUGGUGGAGGUGGCCCGGGAGUGCCUGAGCCCAGCGGAGUUUGCCAAGAGCCUGGACUCAGUGCUGGGCGAGUUCGCGUUCCCGGGCGAGUUCGUGGCCGAGGUCUGGGCCGCCAUCUGCGGAGCCAAGGGGGGCAGGAAAUAGGGGAGGGGGCAGAGCACUUGGCCUGUGACGUCUGCCCCCUGGCCAUGGGCUCCCUCCUGUCCCAGCAGCAGCCCCCGUCUUCCUGCCCCAGAGAGACCCCAUGCCCAGCUGGGCAGGGACUGGCAAGGGCCCGUCCGGGAAACCCAGAGGAUCUGCCUCAGGCCCUAGUCAGAUGGGGUGGUGGGCCCGGGGCAGGAGCAGUCCCUGCAGGCCGGGGCUAGUCCAGGCCGCGGUGCCCAUCCUGGCUAUGAGCCUAAGUAAUGGCAGCUCCUCAGGGCCUUCCCUGGAGCCACUGUCCAUCGCUGCCUCCCUCCUCCACUCUCUGCACAGCGGCCAGGGCUGGCGCUGAACCCAGGGAGCAGUUGGGGAAACCCUAGGGAGGGGGGGACAGUCCAGGACUCAUGUGGGGACGUGGAGCUGGUGUGACUCUGACCCUUUCCUCGCCCUUUGCUCUGAUGACUUCCCCUCCACUAGCCAGCGGGUGAGAGGGGCAGAGGACCGCUCUGGGGGCGAGGGGA